AUGAAGACCCUACCUACCUCUCCAAACACGGUUUCUCUGUCUCCGACUCCGACAUCCGGCCAUACGUCACCGGGCAGUCCGUCCGCGAGCGUAACCUCGACAGCACCGACUGCCUUGCCGAGCGAUGAAGAGGUGGAGGCAGUGAUCAAGCAAGCAACUUCGACCAUCCCGACUCCUGAUGGACGACCACCCCCCGGAAAGGACACGCGGACGCAGCUGUUUGCAGGAAACCUUCCCUAUCGCGUCCGCUGGCAGGACCUCAAGGACCUCUUCCGCCGCGCCGGUACCGUCCUCCGCGCUGACGUUUCGCUUAGCCCCGACAAUCGCUCGCGUGGCUAUGGCACCGUCCUCCUCGCGUCGGCAGAAGACGCUGGCCGUGCUGUCGACAUGUUCAACGGCUACAACUGGCAAGGUCGUGUGUUAGAAGUCCGCCUCGACAGGCUCGGAGCUGUUCCUGGUGCAGACAUGGAUGCUAAUCCGGCUGCUAUUAUCCCGGGAGCACCGUUACCCGGCUUACCGAUAGGCGUGAACAUAAACGGGCUGAAUGCAAGCCUGGGUGGAAUCGCAUCUGUCGCGUUGAAUGGCGUACAUCUACCGUUUCAUUGUCAGUGGCAAGAUUUAAAAGACCUGUUUCGACAAGCAGGCACUAUCCUGCGAGCUGAUGUAUCGCUGGGUCCGGACGGACGCUCAAGAGGGUUUGGAACGGUAACAUACGCCAACGAAAUCGACGCAGAAAGAGCAGUAGCAAUGUUCAACGGGUAUGCACUUCUGUCUUAG